AGUCACAAAGUUUCUUCCUUUUUCUCCUCUGCCCCGGCAGGUACCAUUUCCACCUCCGCAAUUCUUUCGCUGUAAAGGGCGAUGGCGGUAGUAGGAGCAGCCUGGAACAAGGUUGGUGGAUCUGAGUGAGUCACCGACCAGCCGUAACCUGCUCUCCUCUCGGCUCUCUCCCUCCCAGGGAGAGCUCUCUCCUUUGAAACCACUUUCCUGACUGGUUUCCAGCUCGGAAUUCGAGCUUUCCUUGGAUUUGGUCGGUGGAGGAGAAUCGCCACCAGCCAUAGAUGCUGCCCAGCAGCAGGAGCAGGCCUCAGCCGAGGCCUGCGGCUAGAUCCUGGUCAUUCUCAGAGAUGGACUUCUCCGAUCCCAAGCGCAGGUCGAGGUACCUCAGCAAGAUAAUCAUGCUCGUGCUCCUCAUGGCAAUGUGCUUCGUAAUGCUCACCCAGCCACCCUGCCAUAGGAGGGCUCCCAGUGUGUUCUCCAUCCACGAACUCGGAGUAACACAUGUGUUGGUGACCGGUGGUGCUGGCUACAUAGGAUCGCAUGCCGCCCUUCGCCUGCUCAAGGACUCCUUUAGAGUCACCAUUGUGGAUAAUCUUUCGAGAGGAAAUAUGGGGGCAGUCAAGGUUCUUCAGAACUUGUUUCCUGAGCCUGGGCGAUUGCAAUUCAUAUAUGCUGAUUUAGGCGAUCCGAAAGCUGUUAAUAAAAUAUUCGCAGAAAACGCAUUCGAUGCUGUCAUGCACUUUGCUGCUGUCGCAUAUGUCGGCGAGAGCACACUUGAGCCUCUGAGGUACUAUCAUAACAUCACUGCAAAUACCUUAGUUGUGCUGGAAGCCAUGGCGACACACAAUGUUAAGACACUGAUCUACUCUAGCACAUGUGCCACCUACGGGGAGCCUGAGAAGAUGCCUAUCACUGAAGAAACACCCCAGUUUCCUAUCAACCCAUACGGCAAGGCAAAGAAAAUGGCAGAGGAUAUCAUUUUGGACUUCUCAAAGUCCAGGAAAUCAGACAUGUCAGUGAUGAUUCUGAGAUACUUCAACGUGAUCGGUUCUGACCCAGAAGGGAGGCUGGGUGAGGCUCCACCACCUCAACUGCGUGAGCACGGACGUAUAUCUGGUGCAUGCUUCGACGCAGCAUUGGGAAUAAUCCCAGGGUUGAAGGUCAAAGGCACCGACUACGAAACGCCUGAUGGGACUUGUGUAAGAGAUUACAUUGAUGUCACUGACCUGGUUGACGCCCAUGUUAAAGCGCUCAACAAGGCGGAAAGAGGGAAAGUUGGAAUAUACAAUGUUGGCACCGGAAGAGGUAGGUCAGUUAAGGAGUUUGUGGAAGCUUGCAAGAAGGCAACCGGAGUCGACAUCAAGGUCGACUACUUCUCUCGCCGCCCUGGUGACUAUGCAGAAGUGUUCAGCAACCCCGCAAAGAUCAACCAUGAGCUGAACUGGACAGCCCAGCAUACUGAACUACAGGAUAGCCUCAGGAUCGCAUGGAUGUGGCAGAUGAGGCACCGGGGCGGCUAUGGAGGACCUCAGGCUGUGAUUUUGUGAAGAAGUUUACCCUACACAUACCGGUGGGCACAUAAUUUAUAUAGCAUGAGGUCUGUUAGUUGAAGAAUUAGGUCGAUGUAUUUUUUGGCUCACUCAGAGAUGGCAGUUACACAUAAUUUAUACAGUGGGUAUGGUCAUUCAUUGGACUCUUGAGAUUUUCUAUUUAUUGGAGGUUUAGCAGUUCUUUGUAAUAUUGAUGUAUUCAGUAUAUAAUAAGAAAGUCAUAUUCUCUCCCUGAA